CUUGUGUAGUGGUGAGAUCAUGCUGUGCAUUCACCCAAACCCCACAUGCACACGGAAACCCACACACACCUGCCGCAAGCUCUCUGGUAGUGACUUUAGUUUGUUAAAACCCUUUGUCACUUAAUCAUUGUUUGCAGACUAGAUCAAAGCAUCACAAUGUGGCAGAAUUUAACGUGUUUUAUAGGCAUUCUGUGUUUAUUCUUGUGGCACUUGGACGGUGUGUUUGGUGUUGAAGUGAAGUCAGUGUCAGUGAUGGAGGGACAUUCUGUUACUCUACACACUCAUCUCACUCACAUACAGACACAUGAUCUAAUUCUGUGGAUGUUUGGUGUUCAGAGUCCAGAUGAGAUUAUAGCUGAAAUCAACAGAGAAGCCAAUAAAACAUCAUUUAUUAAUGAGAGAUUGAAGAAUCAUGUAGAGAUAGAUGCUCAGACUGGAUCUCUCAUCAUCACAAACAUCACAACUCAACACACUGGACUUUAUACAGCUGAGAUCAGCAGAAAUACCGUCCGCUUUAAAUAUUACAAUGUUACUGUCUAUGCUCGUCUGUCUGUUCCCAUCAUCACUAGAGACUCUUCUCAAUGUUCUUCAUCAUCUUCAUCAUCAUGUUGUUGUGUGUUGUGUUCAGUGGUGAAUGUGUCACAUGAUGUGAGCGUCUCCUGGUACAAAGGAAAGAGUUUAUUGUCCAGCAUCAGUGUGUCUGAUCUCAACAUCAGACUCUCUCUACCUCUGGAGGUGGAAUAUCAGGACACAAACACAUACAGAUGUGUGGUCAACAAUCCCAUCACAAACCACACACAACAUCUACACAUCACUCAACUCUGUCACACGUCUGAAGGUCUCUCCUUUAUUCUGAUCUGUUGUGCUGUUGUUGGAUUUCUGACGAUUGUAACGGCACUUCUGAUCUUCUACAUCAGCAGAAAACACAGAAAAACUAUAAAUAAAGAUCAUCAGACCGGUGAAGAGGAGAUCACGUAUGCAGAACCAACCUUCUGUGAAAGACCAACACAUAAACCGAGGUGUGCAGUGGAGGAGGAUGUGGUGUAUGCAGGAGUCAUGAGAAGAUGAACAUGGAGCAGGGGCCACUGAUAUAAGAAUUGUAAAACUCAAUAUUUAUGAGAACAGCUAAUA